AUGGCCGACUACUCAGACUUCUCCCGCUACCAAGACAUUUUUGGGCAGCUUCGCCUUCUCAAAAGCUAUACUCAUUUCCUGCUAUGUUUUAAACUCCCGGAAGGCGCAACUCCGGAUUCCAUUGCUCAAGACCUGAAAUUGGCAGUUCUCAAAGUGACGAAGACGUUUCCAUGGAUGACAGGCAAGGUUAUCAACGAGGGCAGCGGGCCUGGAAACUCUGGGUUGUUCAAGAUUGAGCACUGCCCACGCUGGGAAGAGCCAAACAGCAUUCUACGUGUCAAAAACUGCUCGAACGAAUGCGUGUCAUUUGAUGAGAUCGUGGCUGCCAAAGGCCCCAUCGAUGCCUUCGAUCCGGACGUGCUGACGCCAUGCGUGUCCUUCCCCCAGAGCUACCAGGAGACCGAGGACGACCCUGCAGCUGUGCUCGCGCUUCAAGCAAACUUCAUUAGUGGCGGCCUCCUUCUCGAUGUCGCGGCUCAGCACAACAUCAUGCCCGGCAGCGGCAUACUCCAGUUCUUGAAGCUACUGUCCAAGGCUUUGAAUGGCGAGGAAUUCACACAGCUAGAGAUUGAGCAAGGAAAUCGCGACCGCCGUAACAUGAUCCGCCUUCUCGGCCCUGAUGAGCAGUCUGUCGAUUUGAGUCGCUAUGAUCGACCAUCUCUGCUCAAUAUUGCUAUUCCGGCUGUGCCAGCGCCGUUUGGCCGCUGGUGCCAAUUCCGCUUCUCAGCCAAGAGCUUAUCCGCCCUUAAGAAUACAGCCAGCGAUGCGACCAAGUUCGUGCCGCCCGUCACAUUUGUGUCAUCGAAUGACACUCUGACGGCCUUCUUCUGGAAGCGUUUGGUGGCGCUGCGACUGGCGCGCUCGCCCCAAUCCGCCGCCACCGCCUCCAAGUUCGUGCGCGCUGUCGAUGUUCGCAGCACUGUGGGCGUUCCAGUAGAAUACAUGGGACACAUGGUCUAUAAUACCUUCUCGAGGCAAACAUUUUCCGAGGUCGCUGAGCAACCGCUGGCAACGCUGGCCAGUCUCAUGCGGAAGAAUCUUGCGGAGGACAUCAACGAGCACGCCGUGCGAAGCUUUGUGACUCGGCUGGCCAACACGCCUGACAAGACGAAGAUCAUGUACGGGGGAGAAAUGACGCCGAACGAUGUGGCCUUCACCUCUAUCGCGCAAUCUGACCUCUACAAUGUGUCAUUUGGCAAGCUGGGCAAGAUCUCGUUGUUGCGCAGGCCCAAGUUCAUUCCCCGCGCAACGACUGCGAUGAUGUUUCCAAAAACAUUGGAUGGGUUUACAGACUUUCUCGUUUGUUUGAAUGAUCAGGACUUGGCCGACCUGAAGGCGGAUGCUGAUUGGAAUGCGUAUGCCGAACUGAUCGACAGAGAUUGA